UCCAGAGGACGUCCAUGCCAAGGUGAGCUGCAGUUCAGAUGAGCUGAAAGUCUCCUGGAACAUCUCAGCUCCUACAGAGAACUACACCACCAUCAUCUCCAGAGCAAUGGGACCUCCGCUGUACUGUAACUCCACAGUGACCCAGUGCACCGUGGGAGGACUGCGUUGUGAAAGCUCCUACACGGUCACUGUUUUCUCCAUCAGCGGGACGUGCCGCAGCCUGCCGAGUCAAGAGGUCGUGGUGCAAACACUGCCGUGUCCUCCCACCAACGUCACAGCUGUGCAUGCGUGCGCUCCAGAUCCCGUUCCCGUAUCGUGGACUCACAGCGGUGACGCCGAGCUCUUCGUUGCCGUGGCUUUGGGCAGCAGAGGUCACAGGGCUGAGUGCACCACCAAUAAAACGUCCUGCAGCCUUCCAGGACUCCAGUGUGGGGAAGUUUACACCGUCAGCGUUGUAGGAGCAAAUGAUAACUGCCCAGGUCUACAGAGCAGCCCUCUGUCUUUGAAAACAGAGCCGUGCUCUCCCUCUAAUGUGACCAGCCAGGUGAUCUGUGGUGCUAGAGCCGCUCAGGUGUUCUGGAGCCCCAGUGUGAACGCAGAAAGCUACGACGUCAGGGCCACCAGCCCCGGUCAGACGCUCACAUGCAGCAGCUCCUCCUCUAACUGCACCCUGACUCCACUGGUCUGCGGCCAAGCUUUUGACGUUCAAGUGUCUGCCUCUGACGGUACCUGCACCAGCAACUACAGCUCCCCCUUCAGGCAACAAGCAGUGCCGUGUACUCCUGAGAACGUCACUACAGACCUGCAGUGUGGCUCCAACGACCUUACAGUCAGCUGGACAUCCUCUCCUCACCCUCUCAGCUACAGCGUGAUGGCCGUGCCGCUGGACGGCGGUGGUUCCAUCACCUGUAACACCAACAACGCCAGCUGCGUCCUCCGGGGCUUUGGAUGUGGACAAACUGUCAAUGUUUCUGUUAAAGCCUCCUCCGACAUCUGCAGUGGACCAUACAGCCCCACGCAGACUGUUCGGACAGGUCCCUGCUCCCCUCAGAAGCUAGCAGUAGUGACUGACUGUGCCACAAACUCUCUCCUGGCCUCCUGGGAGGCUUCCUCUGGCGCCGUCUCUUACACAGCAACGGUGACGGGCCCGAAUAUCUUCCCCUUAAACUGCUCCACGUCGAAUCAAACAUGCUCUUUCUCCAACCUGCACUGUGCCAGCACCUACACCGUUCAAGUGACGUCCCAGGACAGCCUCUGCAGCAGCGCUCCCAUUCACGCCGCAGCAACAACAGGCCCGUGUGAGCCGACAGCUGUGAUGAGCGUCCAGCACUGUGGUUCAGAUGGAGCCACGGUAUCCUGGGUGGACGGUGGCGGAGCUGCAGCCUACACUGUUCUCGCUCAGGAAGAGGGGUCCCAUCAGCACGUUUCCUGUAGGAGCAACACCACUUCCUGUCAGCUGGAGCAGCUGCAGUGUGGAAAAGGGUACAACAUUACCGUGCUGGCUGAAGAUGCCAGCUGUAACAGCACCGGAGGAGCUACAGGAACCCUGGCCACAGCUCCAUGUCCCCCGUCCAUCCAGAGCAGCACCAUGGCAUGUGGAAACAAUUCAGCUCUUCUGACCUGGACCCCGGUGACUGGCGCCACGAGUUUUGUAGCGAACGCAACGUCUGGGAGUGGACACAGUGUGUCCUGCCGCUCAGACACAGCUUCAUGCAGCCUAACAGACCUCCUGUGUGGCCAGACCUACAUGGUCUCAGUCACUGCUCGGGGGAACCGGUGUGACAGUCCACCAGGACCCAGUGCAGAAAUCACCACAGCUCCAUGCUCUCCAGCAGUUACAUCUAAAUCCUAUGACUGUGGCACCAGCGCAGCGGUGAUUAGCUGGUCUGACACCGCGGGAAGCUUCAGCUUCCUCGCCCGGGUGGAGGCGGAGGGGCAUCAGGACACCUGCCACACUGCCAACACCAGCUGCACGUUCACAAACCUGCCCUGCGGCCUGGACUUCAACGUGACAGUCCAAGCCCAGGGAGCCGAGUGCGAGAGCGGCAUCAGCGCCGGCGAAUCCCUGCAAACAGUACCCUGUGCCCCGGAGAACGUGAGUGCCACCACUCUGUGCUCCCCUCGCUCAGCUCUAAUAACCUGGGUGGGCAGUCCUGGUGCCAUCGGGCACAACGUGACGGUGACGGGCCGGGACGGACACGCCCACCUCUGUCACACCAACGCCACCAGCUGUCAUGUCACAGACCUCCACUGUGGGGAGACCUACAGCGUUACAGCCACGCCGUACUCUCGGACAUGCACGGGAGCCCGCAGGCUUUGUGCGCCCAGCAAUGUCACCGUGUCUCCAGCUUGUGAGGACAGCGCCGUCUCUUGGACUCCGGUGACCGGGGCAGAAAUGUACAUCGCAACGGCUACUGCGGACAAUGGACACAAUCACAGCUGCAGCUCAAACUUCUCAGGCCGGUGCAACUUCACGGACCUGCACUGCGGGGAAACCUAUGCUCACUGUGUCCACCUGCUAAUCUGA